AUUUCAUUUCAUUUUCUCCCUCUUUCUCUUCAACCACUAAUAUCUGCAACUCCCGCCGAUGGUCGAAUUUCCGAACGCCGCCGCCGCGGAUGACGGCGAUAUGGACGACGGUAUGAGGUGUAGUUACCAUCCUUAUCGGAGCAAUCAAGGAGGGAUUUGCGCUUUAUGUCUCCAAGACAAGCUCGGAAAAUUAGUCUCUUCCUCUUCAGCUCUUCCACUCCGACCUUCCUCUUCCUCUUCUUCCUCCUCUUCCUUCAGAUCUGAUUUCGCCACCGCUGCCGCCGGCGGGGGUUUUUCUGCUGCUUCGUCGCUUAAAUUUCAGCCCGACAAUGAUCAUCACGCGGCAAGGACUCGAAUCCCUUUUCUGACGAAGAAGAAGAAGAUGCAGCAGCAGAAGGUGGAGGUGGGUUUUCGCCGGAGUAAAUCGACGACGGCUCCUGCGAGAUGGAAAUUAAUGGAGCAGGAUGACGGCGAAGUUUAUAGCCAUAAAAACAGAGGAUGGAUUUGGUCUCUGUUUGAUCUCUCUACCAAAUCCCAUUCUUCGAGAAAAAUCGAUCAUAGUUCGAAGAUCGCGUCGCUUCCGACCACCACGAUCGCCGCCGCGACAUCGGUGAAGCAGAAGGAAAAAUGUACGGAAACGUUUAAGGAUUUCUCCAGCAUAGUGGAGGAAGAUGGCGGUGGUGACGACAGUCCGAAUCGCAGUCAAGCCACCGCGUCGGUCUCGUCGUUUGAACAAAAGGUGUCAAGAUCCAGAUCCGUCGGUUGCGGAAGUCGGCGUUUCUCCGGCGACUUUUUAGAAAGAAUCGCCGGCUUCGGCGACUGUACGCUGCGGAGAGUGGAGUCUCACAGAGAGGGAAAACCCAAAACAACCUCCACCGCAACAACCCCCGUGCAGGACGGCAGCGAAUACCUCAAGGAUCGAGUGAAAUGCGGCGGUUUAUUCGGGGGGUUCAUGAUUCAGUCAUCGUCGUCUUUGUCUUCCGCUUCAUCAUCGUACCGGGUAUCAUCGUCCUCCGUCGAAGAGGGGAGGUUCUCGGCGUACGGACAGCGGCGGAGCAAGAACAGAGGGUGGGCAUUUGGUAGCCCGAGGAGAGCCAUGGCGAAGGCGUCGUCUUCUUCCUCUGAAGGAAAAAGAGAAUCGUCAGAGAAAAAUUCAUCCACUCCAAAUUUGGACGUCAUUCCUUCAUUUCUCCCUCUAAGAAUCUGAACUCAAAAUAUCUUAACUUUUCUCUGCUUAGUUUCUGUAUUUUUUUUUUUUUUUUUUACUUCAUGUACUAA